AUGGCAGUGCGUUCUUUUAGACCUACACAGUUAGGAGGAGAUACUAGCGUUGGGUUUUUACGAUGCUUGUAUCAGGCAAGAUCAAUCGUUUUACAACUCGAGCGUUUCAGCACAUCCUCUCGUUUGUAUCAACGAGGACAACGAGAUGACAUAAGAGCAUAUAUCAAUACAACAUUUAACAAACUAUUACGACUAUUUCAUGCUCUCUCUCACGUUCUUACCAAUAUGGAAAGGCAACACCCGCCUUCAACCAACCGUGCUCGCAUCGCAUCUUUUCGCAAUGACCUUCAAACAGAAUGGCGACGAGCGACUCGUGUCUACCAAGUCUUGCUCGAUCGCAUGUCAAAUUGGCACUUGCAAGAAGCAUCCUCUCCUUCAACGUUAUCGGAAUUCAGUGACGGUUCGGCUUCUCCAUGGUCGAACAAUAGUCCUUUGUUACCAACAUGCUGA